UUUCGGUUACGCUCCCUAGCAAUCUGCAGCAUGUCGUCUAAAAAUGAGUUAUUAAAAGUGAUCCCUUUGUAAAUGUGAACAAUUUUAAUGUAAACUAUGUUAUUUUUACAUAAAGUGAUAAAACGGUGACAUUUAAAUGUAAAUUGAGCCUUUAAAAUGACGCGUGAAGUAACGGAGAUGCUUGAGUUUGUCACAGAGUGAGUGGUCUUCUACUCCAUAUGCAAUAUAAUCUUUACAUGUUUUACCUAACGGAUCGUUGAGUGUUUAAACCAGCACAAUGGAUCUGACACAGCUUCUCCAGAAGAUGAAAAUCAGAGACAGUUUAACCCCAUCCGAUACCUGCUCUGUCAUCGCCGUUUUGACCCACAUCUGUAAGCGACUCAAGGUGGAAGAUGAAACCGAUAAACGCGUGCUAAUCCAGCAGGACAUAGCGGAGUUUUUCGACCUCGCUCCUCUCGACUGGCUUUUUCCUGACGUCACCACUGACUUGCGCGAGGCAUAUCUGAGUUUAUUGAGCGCAGUCACCAAAUACGCUGCACUGCCCUUGUGUGACACUGACAGCGGCUGUUUACCUGCCAAUAGUUAUGAAGGCAUACCGAAUAAAGCUCAAGCUGUUUGUAUUUCUUUACUUGCGUUAACUGUGCGGAUGCAAAAGGCGGUGGAGAAUCAAAGUAAUCCGCCUGUAAAGACCCUAGCUCAGAUAGUUUCCCCCGUCUUGUGUAUAUUCUCCAUAACUCACUUGCAGGAGCAGCCAUGGACUGAUGCUGCUUCCAGGAGGAGUGCUUUACAACUCCUGACAUCAGCUGUGGGAAUGACAGGUUGCAGAUCAGUACAGGAACUUCUUUCUGGAGAUGAGGACAAAAAGGGAGUUUUGGGUCCAGUUCUAGACACACUGCAAUCAGAACUAACCAAGGAAAACUGGAAGCGCAACCAGGCAGUGAAGCACGUGUUCUCCUGGAUGUUGGUGCAGGUUGGGCGACCCUAUUUGACAAAGUACUUGGAGAGGGUGUUUCCUCCUGCCCUGCUGAUAUCUGAUGAUUAUCGCACAGAAAACAAAGUUUUGGGCGUUCGCUGCCUGCAUCACAUUGUUCUCAAUGUGCCAGCAGCUGAUCUGAGGCAGUAUAACAGAGCUCAGGUGCUCUAUCAUGCUCUCUUCAAUCACUUAUACACAUCUGAGGCUUCACUUUUACAGGUUGUGCUGCCUUGCCUCGCAGACCUGAUGACAGUUCUUGAGACACCCUCGACCCAUGCAGGGUUACCACGGAAACCGAACCGUUUCGAUGAUGUACUCUGUCACGUCUUGACAUACAUGGAAAUGGAGCACAAGAUUGAUCUUCGCCGAGUAUAUGCUAGCAAUCUUGUCUUAUUUAUUGAAAGGAUGGGUAUAGUAAUUAUUCGCCAUCUGAAGAGGCUGGAGAGGGUGAUCGUGGGAUACUUGGAAGUCUCAGAUGCUCCAGAGGAGAAAGCCAGACUAAGUAUCUUGGAUGCUCUUCAAAAGACACUACAGAUUGCUUGGCCACGUAUGGAAAGGAGAAUAGGUACUCUAGCACAGAGUCUUCUGAGGUUUCUGGUUGAUAUCUCAUCAGACUCAUUGAGCCCGCAGCUGAAAGAGCAGCUCAUGAGCAAAGCUUCACACUGUUUACUGCUGCUCAACCAUUGCUCAAAAGGAAAACUGCAAACUCUUCUGAUGGAGGUGGACAACAGUUGUGUUCCUGACCAGGUGCUCAAGUGCAUCCAGCAAGUCACUACAGCAGCUUUAGAGGAAGAAAACCAUCACAUUCUUUGACAUGGUUUAAUUUGAUUUAGCUAAAUAUUUCUAGCUCAGUUAGCCUAGGAUAAAUUAUAGUGGACUCAUACUGUCAGCAGUGCAAAUGCAGAACAUGGUUUGUGGUUCAUACAUUAUACUUGGAAGAUGUUAUUUUGUAUUAGUUUUGUUGUUUAUAAUAAGAAAUACCUUCUUAUGUGUUGAUCAUCCUGUAUUAUAUUUUUUACAAAAAUAAAGAUUAAGCAGAAUUUGCCCUGAA